GUGCGAUUUGUUAAUAUGGAUCCAGAAAGUGUCCGCUUUAUGGCCAAGGAAAUUCAAAUUCUUCGUCGACUUGAUCACCCAAAUGUUAUGAAACUAGAAGGUAUAGUGACAUCGAGGAUGUCUGGCAACUUAUAUCUCGUAUUUGAGUAUAUGGAGCAUGAUCUAACUGGACUUGCAGCAAGGCCAGAUCUGAACUUCACUGAACCACAGGCCAAGUGUUAUAUGAAACAACUAUUUGAGGGUCUUGCGCACUGCCAUAGUCGUGGAGUUCUGCAUCGGGAUAUUAAGGGUUCAAAUCUAUUAAUUGACAGUAAUGGGAUACUCAAAAUAGCAGAUUUUGGUCUGGCAACAUUCUUUAAUUCUGAUCCAAAACAGCAGUUGACAAGUCGUGUAGUUACCUUGUGGUAUAGGCCUCCUGAGCUUUUGCUUGGUGCUACAACAUAUGGAGUUGCUGUUGAUUUGUGGAGUUCUGGUUGUAUUCUCGCAGAAUUACUUGCUGGGAAGCCCAUUAUGCCUGGUAGAACUGAGGUGGAACAACUACACAAGAUAUUCAAGCUUUGUGGCUCCCCAUCUGAUGAGUAUUGGAAUAAAUCAAAGCUUCAACAUGCAACUGUUUUUAAACCCCGACGUCAAUAUAAGCGUUGCAUUGCUGAGACCUUUAAGGAUUUCUCAUCAUCAGCUUUGGCUCUCAUGGAGAUUUUACUUGCUAUAGAACCUUCAAAAAGAGGGACUGCUUCCUCAGCCCUUAAGAGUGAAUUCUUUUUAACAAAGCCCUUUGCAUGUGAUCCUUCAAGUUUGCCUAAAUAUCCACCAAGCAAGGAGUAUGAUGCUAAACUCGCAGAUGAGGCAAAGAGGCAAAGAGCAGAAGUUGCCCAUGGACGAGUAUCUGAAUAUGGCAAACCAAGGAGAGUUGCCACCAAGGCAAUGCCAGUGCAAGAAGGAAAUGUAGAAAUGCAGAAGCGUCCAGUGAAGGUAAAUCCCAAAAGCAGCAGUGAGAAGUAUGAUGCCCAAGAUGACGGUGGAUCGGGGUUCCCAAUUGAACCUCCAGGAGGAACAUCACGAAUUGACUCAUCUCAUUCUGGAGUUCUGCAUCCAAAUGCAUUUGUUACUUCACACUGGAACAUGGUAGACCAUGAAGAGCUUCAACGCAUUCCUAGCUGUAUGUACACUUCAACGCAGGUGCCAAAUGGUCCUAAGUUGAAUACACAGAGAUCAUACUGGGCUAGGCCAAUGGCUGCAGACUUCCUUGAUAUCACCGGCUCAUUAGAAACAAGAAGCACUUCAUACUCCAAAUACAACAGGCUUGAUCUAGCUGAGCCUUCGGAGAAGCGUAGAUUUGAUAGGCCUGCCUCUGUUCAUAAGAAAGUCGACACAAUUGGAAACAAGGAUUCGGUGGUGGGUUACAAUACGCGAAUACGACGAAUACAAUACUCAGGUCCAUUGAUAACACAUGGAGGUAACAUUGACGAUGUGCUCAAAGAACAUGAGAGGCAGAUUCAGCAAGCAGUUCGCAAAGCACGCAAGGAUAAAGUAAAAAACAUUUGA